CACAAAGACCCUGCCGAGGGCAGUAGUUGAAGGUACCAGUGGAUGAUGAGAACUGGUUUUCAGUUGAGUGCCUUGGAGUGGCAAGUGCAUUACUGGAACAUUGGCUGUGGUUGGCCAGUGCUGCCGACUUGCACAGAAGUUUGUCCUGAGUCUUCAGAGUUUUCAUACAACAGGUCAUUAGAUGCUGUCUCCUGCUGUCUUGGGAAAGAAGAAGUGUAAGCUGUAACCAUGACUACUGAAGUUGGCUCUGCGUCUGAAGUGAAGAAGGGCUCUGACCAGGCAGGAGCAGAUGCGCCUAAGGAGAAAGCUAAAGAAGUCACAGAAAAUGAGCAGAAUCAGUUAUCUGAGCCCGAGGAGGAAAAAGGUUCGCAGCCAGGCCCUGCAGUUGAAAGCCAAAGUAGUCUUCGCCGGCGGAAAAGAGAGAAGGAUCCAUCUGAGAGCAGGGGCAUUUCUCGAUUCAUACCCCCUUGGCUUAAGAAGCAGAAGUCAUAUAACUUGGUAGUAGCCAAAGAUGGAGGAGAUAAAAAAGAGCCCACUCAAGCUGAUGUGGAAGAACAGACCUUGGAUAAAGAGGACUCCCUUCCUGAAGAAGAGAGUCGGGCCAAGGGCGAUGCAGAAGAAAUGGCUCAGAGGAAACACCUCGAGGUUAAGGUGGAGGUCAAGGAAGAAAAGCCUUCCUUGAAAAGCAGUGCUGAGACCCAGCCUGCUGAAGAAGUGAGGAAGGACAGAGAAGAGGAGAAGAUCAAGGAGACGCAGGAAGACAAACUGGAAGGAGAGGUGGCAAAGAGGGAGACCAAGGAAGUGCAGACCAGUGAGCUGAAAGCGGAGCUGGCCUCCCAGAAAACUGCCAAGAAGACCAAGACUGUCCUGGCCAAAGUGACCCUCCUGGAUGGCACCGAGUACAGUUGUGACCUUGAGAAACGCGCUAAGGGACAAGUGUUAUUUGACAGAGUGUGUGAGCACCUCAAUCUCCUGGAGAAGGACUACUUUGGGCUUCUGUUUCAGGAAAAUGCUGAGCAGAAAAACUGGCUAGAUCCAGCAAAAGAAAUAAAGAGACAGCUGAGAAACCUUCCCUGGCUGUUCACUUUUAAUGUGAAAUUUUAUCCUCCGGAUCCUUCUCAAUUGACUGAAGAUAUCACCAGAUAUUUCCUGUGCCUUCAGCUGCGGCAGGACAUUGCCUCUGGCCGCCUGCCCUGUUCCUUUGUGACUCAUGCCCUUUUGGGAUCCUACACACUGCAGGCUGAACACGGAGACUAUGACCCAGAAGAGUAUGACAGCAUGGAUCUUAGUGACUUCCAGUUUGCCCCAUCCCAGACCAAGGAGCUGGAAGAAAAGGUGGCAGAGCUGCAUAAAACUCACAGAGGCUUAUCUCCAGCACAAGCUGAUUCUCAGUUCUUAGAAAAUGCAAAGAGGCUUUCCAUGUACGGUGUUGACCUGCAUCAUGCCAAGGACUCUGAAGGUGUGGACAUCAAGCUGGGUGUGUGUGCUAAUGGCCUUCUCAUUUACAAAGACAGACUGAGAAUUAAUCGUUUUGCUUGGCCGAAGAUCCUGAAAAUUUCCUAUAAGCGCAGUAAUUUCUACAUUAAGGUUAGACCAGCAGAGCUGGAGCAGUUUGAGAGCACCAUUGGAUUCAAAUUGCCAAACCACCGGGCAGCUAAAAGGCUAUGGAAAGUAUGUGUGGAGCAUCACACUUUCUACAGGCUUGUGUCUCCAGAGCAGCCACCAAAGGCCAAGUUCUUGACCUUGGGGUCCAAAUUCCGCUACAGUGGACGUACCCAGGCACAGACCCGCCAAGCAAGCACCCUCAUAGAUAGGCCAGCACCACACUUCGAGCGUGCCUCUAGUAAACGUGUCUCAAGGAGCCUGGAUGGAGCUCUGAUUGAUGUUGUGGACCAAAGUCUUCUGAAGGAUUUUCCUGGCCCUCCGGGAGAGGGUUCAGCACUUGGCCCUGGAGCUGCCAGCUACACCACCAUUCAAGAUGGGGAUAGCCGGAGGGAUGUCAGAAGCCCCACAAAAGCCACACCCCUGCUCGCUGAAGGAAAGAAAAAUACCUUGAGAGUAGAAGGGGAUAAUAUUUAUGUCAGACAUAGCAAUUUAAUGUUGGAGGACCUGGAUAAGGCCCAGGAGGACAUACUGAGACAUCAGGCUAGCAUUAGUGAGCUCAAGCGCAAUUUUAUGGAGUCCACACCUGAGCCGCGCCCCAAUGAAUGGGAAAAACGACGUCUCACACCUCUGUCCCUACAGACCCAAGGGAGAAAAGGAGACCGUCUUUUCAAGGAUAUUCUCUCCAUGAAGGAGACGUACCUGAUGGCGGCGACACGGACAGUUGGAGAGGAAGCUCAGGCCGACAAGACUCGCGCUCCUGUAUCGGAAGGGCCUUGCGCUGGAGCCAGGGACGCUGUUAAGAGUUCACAUGAGACUCUGAAUGUAGUGGAGGAGAAGAAGCGGGCAGAGGUUGGGAAAGACGAAAGAGUAAUCACAGAAGAAAUGAAUGGUAAAGAGCUAUCAGCUGGGAGUGGUCCUGGGGAGAUUCGUAAGGUGGAGCCCGUGACACCAAAAGACUCCACCUCCCUGUCUUCUGAGAGCAGCAGCAGCAGUGAGAGUGAGGAGGAAGACGUGGGAGAGUACCAGCCCCACCACCGAGUGACCGAGGGCACCAUAAGGGAAGAGCAGGAGGAGAAUGAUGAAGAGCUGGAGCAAGAGGCCGGCCAAGCAGCCAAGGUAGUAGAGAGGGAGGCAGCAGUGUCCGAAGCCAUCCCAGACAGACACGCAGAGGCCAGGCUCCUCCCAGUAGACACAGAGGCCCAGGAACAUGUAGGUGUCCAAAAGCUACCCGGAGAGAAGAGUGCACACGGAGGCACUGUUAAGCAAGACAUGAGAGAAGAAGCAGAGGAAGAGCAACACAGAGUUAACGGAGAGGUGCCCCAUGUUGACAUUGAUGUUUUACCAGAGGUUAUUUGUUGUUCAGAGCCACCAGUGGUAAAAACAGAGAUGGUAACAAUUUCUGAUGCCUCACAAAGGACAGAAAUCUCCACCAAGGAAGUCCCCAUUGUUCAAACUGAGACCAAAACCAUCACAUAUGAGUCUCCACAGAUUGAUGGCGGGGCUGGUGGUGAUUCGGGCACGUUACUGACUGCACAAACCAUCACAUCUGAGUCCGUGUCAACAACGACAACCACACACAUCACCAAGACUGUAAAGGGUGGAAUAUCUGAAACAAGAAUUGAGAAACGUAUUGUGAUCACAGGAGAUGCCGCUCUUGAUCACGAUCAGGCGCUGGCUCAGGCGAUUAGGGAAGCCAGAGAGCAGCACCCUGAUAUGUCGGUCACAAGGGUGGUGGUACACAAAGAAACGGAGUUGGAGGAGGAAGGAGAAGAAUAAGAAAGUCAUUUUUUAAGCAACAUUCAACUUCAUGAAUCGGAAGAACUUUGAUCAUUCCAAGUGUUAAUGCCACACCACUACUCCAGCAAAUUUGUGCUACACCUGGUAACAAUGACCAGAAGCCUGCAGAAUUAAAAUGCCAACACCAAACCUUA